UUUACAUUGAAUGAACAGGCCUGAUGAUAUACGUUUCCCUGUUAUUUCGGAUUUUUUUGGUCCGUAAAUUUUGAGCAAUUUGGGUAAGGAAUUGGUGAUACUACCACAGAAGAACACUGGACUACGGUACAAUAACUCUACAUGCGCAUUUCUUUCAGCAUUUAAAGCAAGCACAACACAUCAAGACAGUGGUCAUGGUUAUUGAAACUACAUGUUCUACAAAAUGCUGACUGCAGUUCAGAAGUGAGACCUUGCCAGUCAGAAUAGCACCAGUGAAAGUUGUAAAUAUGGAAAUGGAUACGGCCACAGCAAUGAGCAUUGCCACGCCUGUGACUGUCACAACAGAUGGUCUGACGGGAGCCAGUGAUGGACACGUGCUAGUUUUCCCGGAUGAUUACACAAACAGUAAUAUUAUUUCCACACCAAACGGAAUUACAAUGACUGGUCCCCAUGACAUGCUGGCAACCAUCGGAUUACCAGCACUGAGCCAGGCAGACGUGACGCAGGGAACCAGCAUGUUCUCAGGCACCACUGAGCCAAGCAGUGACUAUGGCCAGAAGUCGACUGUUUCCGUUGGAGUCCAAGUCAACUUGUGUUGCUGUGCACACCAUGGGUGUAAUCUGGUUAACAGGAAUUCAGCUCCCGAAGUUGAUGAAACUCAUGCUCUAAACAGCAAUGGUCCUUUUCAAGUAAAUCCUGAGCAGCAGUCGUCAAAGGACCGUGAGGUAGAUGAAAGAAAACCAGUUCAAGAAAAAGACUUGCUCGCUGCGUCGUCCCCAAAAUCGAACAUCAAGCACAGUUACAAAGACAUCAAGAGGAAGGAGAAGAAACAUCGGAAGGCAGACAAGGCCUCUGCUUGCAGGAAACCUAAACAGCAAAAGGUUUUAACCAGGAGAAGCACCAAAUCGACACUAGAGCGGCGUUACCUGUGUGAAGGCUGCGGUAUCAAGUUCGUCCACAAGGCCACCUACGAUCGCCACUUACAAGAGCUCCGUGGCAAAGCAUCGGAGAAUAAGUGCUCCCACUGCAAAGCUACGUUCCCCUUUUUGUGCAAGUUGAAGCAGCACAUCGCUGCCAAGCACCCGGAUGUGACGUCUUCGCCGGCCCGCGAGCGUCCCGUUAUCUGCCACAUCUGCGGCAUCCAGUUACAGACUAGCAUCAGCAUGAACAAGCACAUGCGCAUCCAUGACGGAGACAAGCCAUUCCUCUGCAAAUAUUGUCCCAAGGCCUUCCGAUGGCAUACAGGCUUGGAAUACCAUGAGCGCAUCCACACAGGCGAGCGCCCGUUCAAGUGUCCCAAUUGCCCCAAGGCGUUCACCAAUCCCUCCGAUAUGGCCCGGCACCAGACUGUCCACACAGGCAAGAAGCCUCACCUGUGCCACCAGUGUGGCAAGGGUUUCACUCAGAGUGGUACACUCAACGCUCACAUCAAGAGCAAACACUCUCAGCUGACUAACUCACUUAACCCCAGCCCAGCGACAACCCUGUGUGCUAUCAACACAGCAUGUGCUGACCCUAUUUCAAUAUCUACAAGUCUUAAACAGCCUGACGUGCAUGUACACGUGUGUCACCUGUGUGGGAAGCAUUUCCCCCAGGACCACAUGCUGGAUGCGCACAUCCGCAAAUCACAUCAACAACCUCAUCCUAACAUGACACUAGAGGGCGGUUUGCGCUGCAGCACCUUGGAAGACAUGAAGCUUCAGCUGGCAUCGUGCAGUGCAUUGACCCAGAAUCAGGUGUUUAACAUGGCAUCGUGCGUGCCAACGGAGCGGGAAAUCGCAGAAGUUGUAGUCAACAUGUUAUUUGUCAGGAUCAGUGUCGUCAUGCCUCGCUUUGGGAAGAGAGGGUACAAGCCUGUGUCGGCCAGGGGCUAUGCUUCAGCAGGUGUCCAGCAUCGGAUAUACAUCAAGAAAGAGGAUGUGCCACGAUGGAAUGCCAUCCGAGAGCGGUCAGGAUACACCAAGAGCCCAGACUUUAUUCACUGGCUGAUUGAAGUGGCAGAGCAGCAUCUCAGAAUCAAGCCUUCAGAGUUCCCAGCUGAAGGCAAUGCAGGAGACGACUCCCACACUAGUGGUGAGUCAGAGGAGGGUGAUGACGAUGACGAUGAUGACGACGACGAAGAUGCCACUGAAGAGGAGGACAAUGACCGUGACAGUGACCCAGGGCAGCAAUCCAAAGAAACCCCAAAGGAGACCAAGUCAUCAUCAUCAUCAUACCCAGACAGUCACACAAAGACAGUCACCAUCAAAGAGGAGGAACUUUCAUUGACAGAAGGUGGAAUAGUGGCAAGAGGUCGCAGCAGGAGACGAGGGUCACCCCCUGUAGCCAUCAAGGAUGUUGCUCCCAUCAUUUGCGUUGAUAUUGACGCACCGCGCCAGCUACGCCCACGCCUCAAGCUGAAAUUGAAACCACUAAAAGUCGAGCCAGUAGUGGAGAAACCAAAGAGGGGCCGCAAGAAAACACAAAUGAGAUCACUGAAGAAACUGACUGUGAAGGAGAAGCCAGCUAGCUACUCCUGCAAAAAAUGCUGUCGCAUCUUUGCAGACCGUCAAGCCUUGCGCAGCCACCAGGUAAUUCAUGCUGUGGACAACCUGACGUGUCGUGACUGCCAGAUGACCUUCAGCUCCAAGUCGGCCAUGUGGGUUCACCGCAAGGUGCAACACGGCAACAAGAUCCUGGCCUGUGAACACUGUGACAUGACGUUCCCCCGCAAGUACCAGCUGAAGGAGCACAUGCGGGGCCACAAAGGCAUCAAGCCCUUCGCCUGCCCGACCUGCAACAAGAAAUUCCGCACCACUGCCCACCUGACCUCCCACAUGGACCUGCAUAGCAACUUCCGACGUUUCCUUUGUGACCUCUGUGGACUGACAUUCCACAGGCGGGACCUGCUGUCCCGCCACAUUAUCAAACACUCACAACCAAAGACCUACUCCUGUGAGGAAUGCGGCAAGGUGUUUGCCUAUAAGGUCACCUUGCAGGACCACCUGAUCCGGCAUCAGAAUGUCAAGGCUGGUAAGACACCCUACAAGUGUCAAACCUGCUUCAAGGAGUUCUUCACCCCCAAAUCCUACCAGCAUCACAUGGGGCGUCACCGGGGCGAGAAGGUGUUCUCAUGUGACCAGUGCGACAAGAAGUUCAAGCAGAAGUUCUACUUGGACCGGCACAAGAUCAUCCACCAGGAAGAGAAGCCGUACACUUGCAGUAACUGUGGCCGUGGCUUCACUCAGCACUCCAACAUGACCAUUCACAUGAGGACUCACACUGGUGAAAAGCCGUACCAGUGUGACUUGUGCGAGAAGGCUUUCGCCCACAACGUCAGCCUCAAGACCCACAAGAAGACGGCGCACGGCAUUGACAUGUGGCAGAGCGACAAGACCAAACCCAUUGUGGCCCUGGGACGGCCCAAGGGAGAGCCUAAGAAGAAACCCCCACCAAAGAUCCGCUUGAAAUCCCGGGCUGCAGCUGCCGAGGUGCAGAUACAAUCUGAUCUGUACCAGGCGGCAGUUGAGUUUGCCAGGGAGAGACUUGCCCCCCUCGCAUUCCCUCCCAUGCCACAAAUUCCGGCUAUUCAUGGAUCACCAGUGGAGCAGAUACCACCAGCUCAGAGUCCCUCAGAGAGUGAGGACGAGACACCAAGUCCAGGGAGUUCACCUGCCAACACUCACACAUCUCCUAGUAUCAAGACAGUGCUGGAUCAUCAUCCAACUCACAACCACCAUGAGCACCAGCAAGUUCAAGAUAGACACCCAUCGCACGACCAUCAGCAGAUUCACGAUCACCACUCAUCGCAUGACCACCCACAGUCACAUGAUCAUCGCUCGACUCACAACCACCACUUGUCUAACGAGCCCCACCACCAGCUUCCUGAAAGCCACCCAACACCCGAGCAAAAACCACUCCACUCUACUCCACAUCCAACUUGCGACCGCCAGCCCCCUUGUGAGAUGUCCGCUUCUCACGAUAACCACCAAGAUUAUGGCCAACCACAGGCCAACCCUGAAAUUCCAAAGCAGAUUCCCCCCUUGAUUCAGCAGUACCACGAGCGAAGCCAAGAACUCAAUGACCAUCUCACCAGAGGACCACAGCAAUUCCGCAAGCAUGACCAGCCCACACGAGAAGUCUGUGAACAGCUGACCCCAAUUCCACAGGCAUACUCCGACGCAACGCACGAUGUCCAGGAGCAGAUGACCCCAAUCACCCAGACAUACCAAGAACAGAGCCACGAGGUGCGUGAACAAUUGACGCCCAUGUCUCCGCCAUACCCUGAGCAUUCCACACUGGAACAGCACCAAGCAACAGCAAGCCGUUCCCAGACCCCCAGUUCAUCAGCAACCAGCAGCAUUGAGCAACCCUAUGCCCACAUCCUCCAUAACCCGGGAAUGCACUCUGCCAGUGAUCACCCACUGAGAUUGGAGAAGCCCGGGUCCCCAUUUGGGCCCCUUCUGCACUCCCCUAAUGCCCACUCUGACUACCCUACCAGGCAUGAGAAGGUGGAGCAGUGGCACCAACGCAAUUCGGAAGCCCUGUCCUGGAUGUCUAGAGGCGUGUCGCACGCCCAACUCAUGCAAGGCUUGAGAGCAGUCACACCCAACAUGAUGCACCCGGUCUCCCAGGCACUGGGUAUGUUGAACCCACAGGCCCCAGAGCAUGUCAACCUAGUUGGGAGUUACGCCCAUUCUGCCUACAUCCAGAGAAGCAACUCCACUGGUUCUCAGCCUAUGCAGCCGCCAUCUUGGCGAAGCUAAGUUUAUUCCAUUGUGUACUAACACAACAACUUAGAAAUAAAGCUUUAAAAUAUAGGGCUGGAUCACAGAAUGCAUGUUAAACAUGAUUUUACUGUUAAAACAUUUAGCAGAAAUUCCUGCCAAAUUUCAAUAAAUUUACUUGAUUGAAAAUGUGACCAUAUUAGUCAGAAUGGUUUGCAUAAAUUUUCAUUUGUAAAUGAAAAACAAUCAACGGUAGUGGUUCUGCUUUUGAUAAGAGAUUAACUCCAGCCAUAUAUUUUAUUGUUGUCUUCCACUAAAAACCAAUAAGAUAUUGAUGUGCAUUUAACCUUGCAUCCCUUUUUCCCUUGAACAGUUCACUUUUUGUUGUGAAAGAAAGUUUUUAUUACAGGCAGACGUGACAACGAGCUGUGAGCUGGUUAUAGAGGAAGGCACUGUAGACAAAGUCUCAGCUCGUUGAAAACUUCCAGCAAGAGGCAUUGCUAAAAGCUCCAUGUUUGACCUUUGACACCCUAGGAUUGCAUUUGGAGGCUGCAAAGCCAAGGCCAUUCAUCUCCGAAGCUUACACUGCACGUGGCGCUUCAACAACGUGAAAAAUGAGACACGUAUAGUAACUGCUGUGAGUUCUGUAAUAAGAAUGUUGGUGUGGAGUGGAUUUAUUGACCAUGCUUGAAACCCAACCAGGGUCAGUUUGUGCUAGCAGAUUUCUAAACCAUAGUAUUGAUAUGUUGUACCAAAAAGAAGGGGUGUCUGAAUCAAAUUCAGACCAACUCCUGCUAAUUAUGGUUAAUGUAUGUGGAUAAGAAGGGCCUAACAGGGCUGAGCAGCUCUCACAAAACAGACGUUGCCAAGAACUAUUUGCUGACAACUUUUCUCACAGAUAUACAUGUAGGACUAGUUUUAAAUCUUUUAACAAUUGUAGGUUCAGCAACAUUUCAAAGAUCUUUUUUUUUGCAUAGUACAGUACAUGUAGUGAAAACUUUCCAAUCAUUAGCUACAUACAGAUCUCAUUUUCAAAUGAUUUUUAAACAUCAGAAUUUGAAUUUUUUUUUAAAGUCAUUUUCUACGAGCAGGUUACAAAUACAUGUAUUCAAAUCAUCUUCAGAAAUCUUGGUAGUUUCUAGUUAUGCAUGUCUUGCAGAAGGAAACUGGUAAAAAAGUCCAUUUUGUACAGGGUGCAUAUGUACAUGUAUAUGCAUUAUCAAUACAUUUAGAGUUCAGCAAUGUUUGAUUCUUAAUCUAAACAUCUAUAUGUAUUGUCACUUUUUUGAGGAAAAAGCUGCAAGUGUGUGCUGAGAAAGAAAUGCAUCUGACUGAUGCCUAGGGAAGAUGGCUGCUUCGGUGAAUGUUCCAUGGAUACAAGUCAUGUGACAUUACAGUGGUUCUUUCAUUGGAUGUCUGAUUGUAUCCGUGAUGGUGCAGAAGUAGACUACUGCAUUAACUAGUAUUUAGCAAAAUUAUUCUUUUUUUUUAAAUAAAAUUUGGGUCUAACCCUAAAACCAAAGUUGUUUACUUCAUGUAUGACAUGACUACUACAUAACGUGCAUGCAAGAUUGUAGUGCACUCUAAAAUUAUAAUUUAAAUUUUUUGCUUGUAAAAUAUGCAAAAGAUAUAAAUGGAAUGUUCCAUUUAAGUGUGUUGUGGAAUGAUGGUUGUGAUUUUAGCAAGGCAUACAUUUCUGUGAAUCUUGUCAAGGCGAUAGAGACAAUGGUAGCUUUGUGGAUGCAUCUGAUCGGCGCAGAUAGAGUGAAUUCUACCAUCUCCAGGACAAAUCAAAAAUCGACACAAACUUGUGUUGUUCAUUUCUGACCACGGAAUUGAGUGAAGAGAUUCUUUCUUGGUAAGGAAAAAGAAACGCACAAUGUUUUCCAAUAAGGGGUUCAAUGAACUGGGUGAAAGUCUUUUUUUACUGCAUUAGGUGCAUCAGCAAAGAGGAAAUGUAAAUAUUGAGACAAAAGAUAGCAACGUGGAGACCUGAUUGUACAGUGUGAAACAUACAAAGUAUAAACAGUGGAACUCUUGUUCUGUACAGAAGUUUGUGCUACGAGACAUCUGUAACAUCCACGUCUUGGUAGUUGGCCAAACUAAGCCACUUCUCGAAUGCCUGUGGGAAAGUGUCCAACUUGAGGACAUCAGGCUGACACUCUAAAGCAUUUACUGUGAGAUACAAGAGUAUAAAAACACUUAACAAUUGAAACGAUAUAAUUACAUGUAAUACAGAGCAGUGCUUUUAAGCUGAUUGUAUGAAGAGAUGUUCAGAAGUUUGCAAGUAAAACUUGUAUUAGUGCCAUAUGUAGAAGUAUUGUAUGUAGUUAUUGUAAUUUUAAUGUACGUAACUUAGACACACAACAUUUUUGUAUACAUGUAUGUCAUAGCAGUCAAACUGUAUGUGUUGAUCCGUACUGCAUGGGAGAGUAAACAGAUUCCGUGACAUCCUUAAUUCCGGUUCCAUCAUGAUGCUCGUACCGGAGUGAAUUCACUCUUGCUUGGAGUACAAAAUCAGGCUAUGUUUGUGUUCAAUGGUCCAUUGUUUACUGAAGGUCAAACACACUACUUGUAUGUGUUUUUCUGUAAAUGCCAUUUUUGCAUUUUGGGAUUUGUUUUUAGUUCUGUUUUUACGUUGUUAUUUUUUUCCUCCAAGAGCUGCCGCAUCAGUCGAGCUCCAAUUGCCCCAGAUGCAAUCAAGCAAUGACAGUCUUGUAAAGAUGUCUUUAUUGGUUCUUUUUUUCCCAAAUAAAGCAGGACUUGGUUUGAACACACACAACAUAAUGAGUAACAUUUUCCACUACCAUAUUUUGGUACACAGUGAAUUCAGUUACCAAAUGACCAAGUUACUGAACUUUUUAACAAAUUUAUCAUUCCAUAGUGUAGCAAAUGUGUCCACCUUCUUUUACACCUUAAAGUUUAUUGUAUCUAGCUUCAAUUUACAUAUUUGAAUCAAAUACAUUUAAAGUUCAGAUGAUGUCAUUAUUUAUAGCUCGCUAUAUAUACUUGCCGCUUGCCAAGAGAGUCUGCAUUGACCAUUAGAUUGCCUGUAUUUUGUCACUAAAAUAAGAAUUGUAUGUAAGCGUCCUGUUGCCAUGGAGCCAAUGAACUAUGGGAUUGGUUUGAAAGCCAGAAAAGCAGUUAAACUUUGAAAUUUUUAGUCUUUUGUGAAUUGUAUUUGAGGACGAGUCCUUCAUGCCAAAUGUCAUAAUGCUUUCGUGCAUUGCAUAUAGCCACCUCAACCAGUGGUAAAAAGGUUUGGUAACAUUAUUCUCAAAAUGCAUUUUCUGAAUGUUUUAUGAUGUAAUAGAGCAGUUAUUUACAGGAAGGGUACAUGUAGCUCUUUGGAGCUGUGAGGUACGGUAAUUAUGAGGAGUUAAAGAUAUUAAUACUUUUUGUGAUGUCUGCAAUAAGUGGACAAAAGUA